AUGUCGGGGCGCGGGAGCUCCAAACCCAAGGGGGGCGUAUACAAGAUCACGGCGCCAAAUGCUGAUGAUGGGCAGAAUACCUCGUAUUGUGUGAGGAAUAAUUGUAGGGGUAAUGGCGAUGAGGACUGGGCAGAUGACAAGGCGAUACGGGCUGAUGAAUUGGGGGACUAUGUGCAGCCAAGUUUGGUACAGUUCUUGUUAGUCAUGCUAUCGUUUGGCUCUUGA